AUUUUUUGCAGUUUUCGGUCAUAGUACAGAAACACGACGCUACGCGGCGGGCCCCAAGUAACCGUUUACCCCUGUCGCAUGCGCCAACCACCCGUUCUUUUUCUUUUUUAAUUUUUUUUUAUCUGUUCUCUAUUCCGAAUUGCUCUACUAUUGCGUCUUUCAACGAUAACAGCCAACUGUGGAAAUAAUAUUCAUACAGUUGGACUCCUAAUUCCUGCAAAUAAGUGGCCGCUCGCAACUCACCAACGGUUAGUCCGAUCACACUCACGGCUUUUGCGCCGGACACGAUGCCAUUAGAAUGAAAUGAUGAUUGAACAACGGCGGUGGAUGUUUCGGUUCUGAUUUCGUUGUAAAAAGCCUGGGCUGGUGACUAAUCGCCACGAAUCACUGAUAAAGAAAUUGUGUACUCACUUCGUUGCAAUGGAAGGCGAUUUUAUUAGGCCUCUGUUCGUUCCUAUUGAACGACAUUGUGCACUGUAAUACAGUUUAAUCGUUUUUUUUCCUCGAAUCAAGUAAAUUUUUAUCACCUCUCCAAUUGUCAAACACUUUCAAUAUGGAAUUUGUCGAUUCCCAGGACGUAAAAGACUUAUUGUUCUUACUAAAUAAUACACACACAAAUGCAAAACAGUUGUACAACAUGAUGAUUUCAAAUAAGACUGUUAUUAAUAAGAAUGAUUCUGAAGAAGACUUAAUGAACAAUAUGUAUAAUGCUUUAUUUCAAUGUUUUGGGAUUAUUAUUACAGGGUAUUUAUCAGGACGAUUAGGCUUAGUUAGUCAUGCUGCUAGUAUUGGUUUGAAUAGAUUUGUGGGGACAUUUGCUUUGCCUUCACUUAUAUUUGUUAAUAUGGCUGUGUUAGAUUUAUCAUCUGUCAACUUGGUUUUUUUGGGAUCAUUACUUGUAUCAAAAACUUUAGUAUUUGUUUCGGUCGCAUUAAUCACUGUGUUAGUAACAAGACCUCCAGAUAUUGCAAGAGCAGCUCUAUUUGCUAUAUUCUGCACUCAAAGCAAUGAUUUUGCCAUUGGAGCACCAAUAUUUGAAGCUCUCUAUCGGCAUCACCAUAAGGAUUUUGUUAACUACCUUUACCUUGUAGCACCUAUUAAUCUAAUAAUCUUAAAUCCGUUUGGUUUUGCAAUGAUGGAACUGGGCCAAGAAUAUGAUCGUCAUGAAACUACAAGGCGUUCAGCAUUAAUGGGACGAAUAUCAAGAAAUAUUAUUUGUAAUCCUAUUGUGUUUAUGACCGCUCUAGGAAUGUUGGCAAAUUUAGUAUUUAAUCAUGACCCACCAAAAAUUAUCACAACUUUCUUGGGAACUUUUGGGAAUGCAUUUACUGCUACAGCAUUGUUCUUACUUGGUUUAAGAAUGGUUGGAAACGUCAAUAAACUUAGAGGAGAAGCUUUAAUUUUACCAUUACUUCUUAUUUCAGCUAAAUUGAUAGUUUUACCAUUAGUUAUUAGAGAAAUAACAAGUAUUUGUUUAGGAAAAUUUGGUUCUUUGAGUGCUCAUGAUAGUCUUGACCUCUCCAUGUUUGGGUUUUUGUAUGGAAUGAUUCCUUCUGCACCAGCGGUUUUUGUUUAUGCAUCGGCAUACAAUCUUGAAAUGGAUCUGAUAGCAAGUUCAAUGGUAUUAUGUGUAUUUUUUUCAGCUCCAAUAAUGUUUUUAACGGCAAAGAUAAUAUCUGUUGCCAAAGUAGAUCCAUCAAACAAUAUAACUGCUUUAAAAGCCUAUCAAUUCAAUGUCAGUAUAUUGGCUAUCCCUGCAUCUUUAUGGAUUAUUUUAGUUAUGUUAAAAAAAUUAAAAAGUUUUCCAUUCAAAGUAGUUUUCUGCUUAGUGAUUUCACAAGUUAUUUCAUGCACUGGGAUAUUACUAGAGUAUUUAUCUGAAACACCACAAUCACAUCCAUUAACAUACAUACAAUUAAUGUUGAGUAUUGGUGGUGAUAUAAGUUGUUACAUUUGGACUGGAUGUUUAGCUUUUACCUUGCUAAUAAUGCAUAAACCAUUUACAGAUGAAUUUCAAAAUAAAAUUCUUUAUUUCUACAUGAUACUAUCCUGGGGUGUACCAAUUUUAUUGGUUUCUGUAUUGAUGUUGACUUGUCAACCGCCAUUAUUUGGUAAAUCGGAUUUUGAUCAAAAUUAUGUUUAUGGAAUUCCAGAAGCUGCUAUACUCACAAUAAUUCUCCUUUCAUCAAUACUAUGUACAAUAGUUUGUUUGGUUUUACAUCAACGUCAAAGACAUAAAUUAAAUAGGCAAAUAGUGUAUUCAAAAUCUGUAAAUGAUGAUGGACAAAGUACAUCCAAACAAUCUGUGGAUUCUCAUAUUAUUGAUACAGAAGAUUUAAAAGGUCUGCUUUAUGAAAAUGAAACAAAUAUAAUAGCAAAUAAUGAAUAUAUUAAGCACUUUUUACUACUUGUAUUGCAAGCUGUUGCUAUGUUUGUUACCUUUUCUGUGGCUAUUUGGAGAAUAUUUGGUGAGACAAAUGGAUUGUACCUUGAAUUAGCUUAUUGUGAAACUUCUCUCAUGAGAGGACAGUCAAUAUUUGCAUUAUUGAUUUAUGGUAUUAACUAUCAUUCAAUCAAUAUGCCAAUUGUUAGAGCAUGGAACAAAUUUUGGUGGGGAGGAUCUCCUAUUGAAUGUCCAUCUUGGGAAGAACUUCCUUAUGAUACUAGAAAAACAUGUGAUAAUUUUGUGUUUAAGUAUAGAGAAAAGUGUCUAGCAGAGAUCACUCAUCUUACUAGAUGGAAGUUGUGGAAGUAUAAAAAAACAUUUACUGGCUCCGAAUUAAUAACAUGGUUAAUAGAAAACAAUAUAUGUGCCAAUCGUGAUGAUGCAUUAGGAUACGCUGUAAAAUUGUGGAAUGGCCAAGUACUGAGACAUUUAAAUUGUACGGAACAUUUCCAAGAUGUUUCAAAUAUAUUAUACACAUUUAAUCGUCGUUAA